AGAAAGAGAGAGGAAACUCUGGUUGUCUCUUCUCAACUCUUCUUCUCUCUGCAUGUAGUAUAUUUGGUGACGACUCUCACGCGGAAUUCUGCAGAUCAAUUCACAUCAUUCAUUCAAAUUUCAAACCUAUUUAUUCUGUGUCCUCUUUCUUUCAUGAUUUUCUGAAAGAUUUCAACUGAGAAUUUGGGUACUGACUCACUGAUUUGGUGGAAAAUUGGAGGUAUAGAUCUUCAGAAAUCUGUUUUUCAUAUGUUCAGGAAAUUUUAAUAGCCCUCUUUCUGGCCUUUAAAGUUCUUGCUGUUGUUUUCGUUUGAAAAUAUUUAUUCCUUUUUGUCCUCUUUUUAGUUUCCCUCUUUGCUGUUUCGCCACUUCUCAAAAAAAAAAAACCAAAAGGACCAGCAGACAAAUCCAUUUGGUUUCAAUUCUUCUAUUUCCUUAUCAUUUUUAAGCUCAAAAUUCACUUGGAACACUAUAUUCCUCACAUACCCUUUUUCAUCUUUGGAUCAAUAUGCAAGACCCAUCAAUUUAUUCACAAAUUAAGCCUCAAUUCCCAGAGCAAGAACACCUGAAAUGCCCCAGAUGUGAUUCACCAAACACAAAGUUCUGCUACUACAACAAUUACAACCUUUCUCAGCCACGCCACUAUUGCAAAAGCUGUCGAAGGUAUUGGACUAAAGGCGGUACUCUUCGCAACAUCCCAGUUGGUGGAGGCUCUCGUAAGAGCACGAAACGAUCUUCAUCGUCCAGUAAGAAAAGCUCCUCAACGACGACUUCAUCCUUUGCAACUCCUCCAUUAACUUCCUCUGUUUCAUGUUCUUCACCCACAAAUCCAAAACCAGAGCCUUUUGGUGUACCUGCAAUUCCAUCUUUUGAUGUAACUACUGGGCCAUUCAGCUCACUGUUGGCGUCAACCGAGCCGCAAUUUGGGAAUUUUCUCGAAGCUUUGAAUCCGAAUAAUAAUGGGUCCAGUUUGCAGUUGGGUAACCCAAUUUCCAGUUCGGGCUCGGGUUCGGGCUCUAAUCAUCAAAAUGGGAAUAAUGCAUAUUUGGGUGUUCAAAAUGGUGGAGAAUCUAAUAAUUGUUGGAAUGGUGGUAACAAUGCUUGGCCUGAUCUUGCAAUUUUCACACCAGGUUCCAAUUUCCAAUAAAGAAUAUUAGAGAUAAAAUUGAUUUGCUGGAUGAUGUGUUGGGGCAUGGUGAAAGUCAUUGUAGAUACCAGUUUAAUACUUAUUGAAGAGUUCUUGACUUGUUACAAAGUCUUAGAAGGACUAGACAAGAUCUCAACUUUUGCCUUAACUCGAUACUCUGUCUUAUCUUUUUUGCCCCCCCUUUUUAGUGUUUUUUGUUUGUAACAAUUAAUUUAUUAGAUCUCCUUCUUCCUCCA